GCGCCCCGCGACAGGGUCAAGGCAAGGCAGAGGCGUGGGUCCGUUCUGUUAGGACGUCGCACGGGUGGGCGACCGGCUCCAGCUCCCUGCGCCUCCGCUAUAUAUGCGCCACUAGGCGCGUGUGCUUCCCCAGCUAUCUCUCUCCCCCCGCCGAUCUAUUCUUCUCUCCAAAGUCCAGGCGCACAGCGAUCAUUUCGGCGGCGCGAGCAAGCAAGCGCAUUUGAAUCCAUAUCCAGCCGUCGUUGUCCGAUCAGUUCUUGGUUUCUUGGAGUUAACGUACGUGAUGGCCGCGCAGCCGUGGAGGUCGCUGCUCUGCUGCGUGGGCGGCGGGGGCGCGGAUGAGGACGGGCUGCCGUCGCCGCGGCAGAGGAGGAGAAGGGGGGACCGGGAGAGGCUGCUGCUGCUGCCGUCGUCGGCGUCGCGGGUGUCGCUGUCGAGCCUGAGCUCGUCGGGGACUCUCACGCCGGAGGACCUGUCGAUCACGCUGUUCGGGUCCAACCUGCACGCCUUCACCUACGCCGAGCUGAGGGCGGUCACGGCCGGCUUCUCCCGCGCCAACUACCUCGGCUGCGGCGGGUUCGGCCCCGUGUACAAGGGCCGCGUCGACGCCUCGCUGCGCCCGGGCCUGGACGCGCAGGAGGUGGCCGUCAAGUACCUCGACCUCGACUGUGGCACGCAGGGACACAAGGAGUGGCUGGCCGAGGUGUUCUUCCUUGGGCAGCUGAGGCACAAGAAUCUAGUGAAGCUGAUCGGCUACUGCUACGAGGACGAGCACCGGAUGCUGGUGUACGAGUACAUGAGCAACGGCAGCCUGGAGAAGCACCUCUUCAAAAAUCUCGACGGUUCCAUGCCAUGGAUGACGAGGAUGAAGAUCGCCGUCGGCGCCGCGAAGGGCCUCGCGUUCCUCCACGACGCCGACACGCCGGUCAUCUACCGCGACUUCAAGGCCUCCAACAUCUUGCUGGACUCGGACAACAACACCAAGCUGUCCGACUUUGGGCUCGCGAAGGAUGGGCCUCAGGGCGACGCUACUCACGUCACGACGCGUGUCAUGGGGACAAACGGGUACGCGGCGCCGGAGUACAUCAUGACGGGACACCUGACUGCCAAGAGCGACGUCUACAGCUUCGGAGUGGUGCUCUUGGAGCUCUUGUCCGGCCGUCGGUCCGUCGACCGUGCUCGACGGCGCAGGGAGCAGAGCCUGGUGGACUGGGCUAGGCCCUACCUGAAGAAGUCCGACAAGCUUUACCGGGUCAUGGACCCGGCCAUGGAGUGCCAGUACUCGUGCCAAGGAGCGGAACGGGCCGCCAUGGUGGCGUACAAGUGCCUGAGCCAGAACUCGAAGUCUAGGCCCACCAUGAGGGAGGUGGUCCAGGCCCUCGAGCCCAUACUAGACAUGGACGACUACUUUCAGGUGGGCCCAUUCGUGUUCACCGUCGUAGUGGAAAACAACGACAAGUCGAAUGAGAGCAAGGGCAAGCUGGUUGAUGGCGGGAAGCAGGCUGACAUGAGGAUCGAGACGACAGUGAAUGAGAAGUACCAGAGCCACCAGGACCGGCACCGGCAGAAGUUUCCGAACUCGGCGGUCCACGCUGACGUGGUGCUGCACCGGGACGGCGAUGUCGGGCCGCACAUCAGCUCGCUGCGGCAGCACCGGAGGACACCGAGCUACCUCAGGGAGAGGGGAGCGUAGGGCGGACAAGAGUUUUUGAAGGAAGCAGCGAAUGGGAAGAAGAUGUACAUAAUUAGGCUAGACUGUAGAGGGUUGUGACACAAGUCACACCACACCUCAUUGGUUUGGUUACGAGAUUUGUUGGUUCCAUUAUUUUGUUCUUGAUAUUGAUAUAUACUUGGUGCCAAUUUCGUCAAAAUUUUGUGAAUUUUAAGGAAAACUAAAUAUCUAAUUUUGGAAUUUUUUUCACUGGCAUAUGAGAUCCAUAAAGCAAAGACAAAAACUGACUGAAAUUUCACGAAUUUCGCCCUCUUCACCGAAGCUACUUCUUCUUCUCACUCUCCUUCUUGAGCUGCUCUGAGCUCUUCAUC